AAUUUAGUAUUAGUAUUGUUCAUCCUCUCAAUGGUAACUGGUCUCCGUUGUUACAAAAAUUGUUCAUCGCGUUAUAACUUCAACACAAACCUUACAACUAAAUUCACAAACGCAAGCACAAACACAACUCACAGAACCAGGACGCUUUCACAACGCAGAAAAAAGCAAACCACAAAUAUUUUGUUCGAUACAUAUAAACCCAAGACAACAAUGUUGGAAUAUAACAGCGACAUUCACAGAAGCCACGAACAGGCAGGAGAAGUCGCUGCAACUAGUAAAAAUGCUGUUAAGAACGGAAAUCCUGUGGGCGGCGCUUCAAACCAAACCAAAGACUCUCUUGAAGGCUCCGUCCACAAAAAGAGGCGACGGCUUACCGAUGGCACCGACAACUUCUUCGUGGUGGACGAGGUCCAAGGUCCCAUCGGCGGUCUGUCGUUGACUCCCAAGAUUCGCCGAACAGAGGGCGGAAAUCGAUGGGAACGCCGCCUGCACUGGUCGAAAUCCCCAAACCUAGAGGACACCAAGUACGCCGAUUGGAAAAUACACGUCCGCCUUGACUCCAACGUCGACGACGACAAGCGGCGACAAACAGUCGACCACAAGAACAGUAUCGUAACCACCGAUGCGACUGCUACAACGGAAACGAGGACUACGAACACCGUAACCUACUCAGUCCACCGAUCGUGUUUGGGCAUUCAUAGCGAAUACUUUGAGAAAAUCUUCCUCGGCGGGUUCUCGGAACACAUCAAAGGAGAGAGCACCGUUGAAUUGGAGUCUCCAACCAUAACGCUCGAACAUUUUGAGAUGGUACUAGAAUAUUGCUAUACGAAGACGGUCGAGUUGAAUCCUAGUAACGCCAUUCCCAUCCUUAGUCUGAGUGAUUAUUUUGGAAUGGAAACACUACAGAACCUGGCACGGAAUUUCAUCCGGAACGACAUGCACCGGAUCUGCAGGCACGAUUCCAAGGUGUCACUGAACGAGAAGAGCUCCCGGCUAGCGGUCUACUACGAAUCGUCUCGAAGCAUGGGGAUGCAGGAUCUAGAAGAUGGAAUUUUGUACGUCUGCAGCAAAGAACCCCAGAUCCUAGGAAAGGGCUCGGCACUCGCCAAUAUGGCAGACGCAGACUUUUGGUGCCGAUUGUGGGACUUUCGAAAGAUGCACCCGGUUCCAGCGGCACAUGCCACCGCCAGCGUGAAAACAUGGAGCGAAAACCUCGCCUAUUUUUUCGAAACGCACCGCGCUCUUGUCGACACGAAACUCUUCCGCACACUUACCCACAACGACGCCCUACCAAUCAUUUCGGAAAAAGUCGCCAUCCUUCUGAUGGAACAAGAAGAGCACCACUGCCUUGAAUCGAUCAAAAACAAUCCCUACAUUGUUAACAGCAGCUUGGGCGAAGCCCUAAGCUGCCUCCAAACAAGAUGCAUCGACGCCUUGUACAACACUAAAAAGGGUGGCUGGCAAUUCUACACAGAUUCAAAAGCGCUCCGGGGGAGGCUGCGAAAGCUAUCGCCGAUCGUAAUGGAAACCAUUUUGCUGAAAACCAUAGAGUUUGAGCGGUCCGGCCAGAACGUUCCAAAGCCGGUGGUUUCUGGUGCGGGUCUGGAGUUUGUCAACGGCGUCUACACAAUGUCGGGCUGGUUUCAGAACGCCAUGAAGUUCAGCAAGCGGGGCGUGUACGAAGGAAAAUUGCGCACGCUCAUACUCUAUCGAUACGAGGAAGAAUGGUGGAUUUCGAUCGUUCCCGAAGACGCAGAGGAACCGGGGAGAGACGGCGACGUCGACAUCUAUCGCGUUUCCCCUUCCAACGAAUGGGACGACUGCCCACUGCCUCCCCUGAAUGGCUGGGUGGUGGCACAGGGUGUUCAACCCGCUCCACGCAUCCAUAUGCUCUCGAACGUAGAUUGAAACAAUGCGAGAAAUAAUACGAAACAGAGCAAUACACGCAUGCACACGGAGGAAGGAAUGUUUCUCCGACGGUCCGCGAUGUUCCGUCACGUAUGUGGUUUGCUACGCCACACCAAGAAACCUUUUAAAGAGGUUGGAUCAUCGAUGCCUACAAUAUCCGGCAAGGCAAACUAGAGCUGGUCGUUUGCAAUGACUUGGAUUGCCACUGUCAAUUGUGUUUCCAUGGAUUGUUGCUGAAAAGUCAGGUUUUGAAAAGGAUACUAACAACUCCCGAUCAAAUUCCGAUUUCGAUCACGCGUCUUAAACAAGUCAGGGCAUUGCGUGGCAAAAAUUGGCAAUGAAGAGAAACACCCUCUGUCGUUUCAAAACAGAAUUCCGAACAAGACUCUUUGCGUGAAUUUCUCCGGGAGUAGACCAAAUGUCUUAUCUAAACUAUUUGGAAUCACUAAUUUCCGAGAAAAAAAGAUCAUUUCGCAAACGACUUUGGUCGAUGUUUUACUCGCGCGCGAAGCUUUCCUGAGCGAGAGAGAGUGAAGAGAUGUUACAAAUUAUGUUCGUAGGCAUUUUGAAUUUAAGAAAAUAAUAAGAAGUUAUUCAU